UCGUAUUUAUAGCAAGUUUCGAAAUUAAAAAAGUCUUUGUAGAACUUCUUUUGAGCGGAAGAGUCAGAUACGUUUUCCAUAAGGUUUAAAGACUGUAGCAGUUAUUACGAAGAAAGCCAUUAUAACGCGCGUAAUUGACGGGAGAAUCACGUGGCUAUCCAAUUACAGGUAUCCAAUCACAAAAAGUUGAAAUUGGAUACCGGUAACUGGAGACCCACGUGAUCGCGGGCCGAUUACGUGACAAAUGGGUACGCGGGGGAAUCACAAUUGAGAAUUUUGGUAUAGAUACGAUUAUUGUAAAAAUAAUUUUUGUGCACAAAAAUAAUGCCUGAAAAUGAAUCAAGACAAACACAAGAGUUGUUUUGCAGGUCCUGUAUGCGUCGUGUGCGUAUCUGGCCCAGCAAGGAAGGGGAAGUCUUUCGUAUUGAGUGAAGCUUUUAACCAACCAAACGUUUUCCGUCUUGGACAUGAAUUGGAUCCAGAAACCAUGGGAGUCUGGUUGUGGAUUGUGCCCGAGACCCGGGAUUCCAAUGGCCAGAAAUUUACAGUUGUUCUCUUGGACUCUGAAGGAGUCGGUGAUCCUUCCAGUGAAGACUAUGGUGAUCGUCAGAUCUUUACCUUAACUGUUUUGCUGGCGUCUUUAUUAAUAUACAAUUCAACAAGCGUUCCAAACAGACAUGACGUAGAGCAGUUGAAGUAUCCUUUACAGCUGUCCUUACAGAAAGAUUUUUAUUGAGGAAAAUACCGUAGUUAGUUAACAAACACAGAAGUACAAGAACAAUCAGAAACAAAUUACACAAAGGGUGCUGUUCUUACUAUAUGGACAAAUGUUUCCAUUAUCUUCCUUGCGCAUUACAAUUACAUUUAAAUAAGCAGCCACUCACAUUGUGA